AUGCCAGCAGUGGUGGAAUACAUAUUCAACUGUCUUGCACAAGCGUAUUGUCUGUUCUCGCCACUCCUGUACGGUUUCUCUAACAGGGAAGUUCGUCAAGCGUUUAAGUUUCGCUGUACUCAGAAAAAGUUUGUGCUUCAAGGUUCGCGAUUAGAGAGACGCAAGCAAAGAGUUCCAUUGGGUGAAGGUCGUUAUUUAUCAGAUAGAAACGACGUCCGUUUUGUCGUUCCGCGAGUAGAACAAUCGUGUGACGCACUGGAACUCAAUUGCGCAGGACCUGAAAGAUUAGUGCGUUUUACAGGGGUGUCACUUUUAUCCGUGGAUUUUUCGGUGGAUUCUAACGACUCGCGACCGCAAAAACCGGUGAACCGAGGGAAAAGACCAAUUACGACAGAAGUUUCCCCUCUAAGAAGACAUUCUACACUGAGAAGAAAUAAAGAAGGUCCUUCUACAAGACAGGUUAACGAUAGAGUGAAAGUCAGAUUUGACAGUGAAUACAGUGAUAGACAGCGAAAAAAGUACAUUGCUACUCCUUCCAUAAAGCGCAUGCGUCAGAUUAAGAGGUGCAUGUCAGACAUGUCUUUAGAUGAUCUCCAAACCAGUGUAACUGGAUCGGAAUUUGAGUCGCAACAGCACAUGAUGCCUCACUAUACAAACUAUAGCGACCCCAUGCGGUCUUCCGGGUUUAGACAGGUUCUGACUAAGAGAGGAAAAACAAAGCGCGCAUGCUCGCUUUACAGGGACAGAAAGCACAAACCUAAAACGAAGAACUUCAUGGAAAGACGGUGCAGCAUUGAGGCUGACUAUGCCAUAAAGAACAAAUGCUGCCAACACCGUAACAAUACGGUCAACCCUCUUUAAAACGGAGAUAUGACUGGGAUGGGUACCAAGACGUUUUGCCUCGAAGGGACUGUGUCGAUUUUGAUUUAGCAGUAGCAAAGAAGUUACUUCUAAAGGACCAAAUUCAUUGCUUCAUGACAAACAUAUAUGUCCCUCAGGGGAUAUAUUCUCUUUAAAGAGGCCCUGCAGGGGUAAAUUCCGACAAGCGACAUUACCCAAAAAGUAGCGACAGAACGGAAAAUGAAAUCGAGACGAGACAACCUCCCUCGGCCAAAUUGCGACAGUGACGGCAAAGCCGAGAAAAAGCGAUAAAGAACCGUGGUUUGGCUAAUUUAUCACCAGUCUGAAUGCCAAGAAGAAGUAAGGUGUUCGAUACUCGAAAUGUUAACUGAGAAAUUGCAGAACGACAAAGAAUUUUCCUUCAAUUUCCGACAGCGAAGUGAAGCAUUUAUAAACACCGACAAGAAACGUUAUAAAAUUCAGACGAGCGACAUGGCCCCCGCGCUUCCCCGGCAGGGCCUCUUAAAAUAUCCUCAAGUUUCGUACUUCUGUGUUUUCUCUCUCAGUCGCUGUGUUAUUUAAAUGCUGCUAAUUGCUUAUUGAGGUUUUAUUUUCAUAUUUCGUCUCAGUUCGUAAUGGCUGAAUUUAGCUAAAGUUCGUGACACAGCAGUGACACAGUUCCUUUGAAGAUGAUAACUGAAGAACAGUAGCUAACAGUAGGGCGGACAUAAGUCGAUGUCCGUCUUAAAAUGGCGUUCUUAGAGGAGAAUUGACUGUUCUAGUUACCAAUGCGAUUUUCCGUCAGUGAAACGUUGUACUGGUUCGUUUUGGUUUCCUUUCCUGACCACUAAAACUGGACAGUGAUACGAAAUCUCAAAAUUCAGGUUUCGUAAACCCCACGGUGGUGGCCUCCUUUUAACCUACAAGCAAACUAUCAGCUGUCAUUUGCUAUAUUUCUUUAUGAAUCAUUUAACAAGAGCUUUAUUUAAAAAUCAAACAGUGUAAACUUUACACUUCAGAGUAACCUCCUUCAUAACGUCGUUCUAUAGACUCAUUCUUGAUGACCAUUUACAUCAGUUGUUAGAUUGAAAUAAUGCCUUCUUCCUUUAGUCAUGAUAACAUGAGUAAUUAGAGUUUCACGGAAAGUUAACAAGCACGUGCUUCCUCAGUGAUCUUGAGUUCCGCCAAACCCCCAAGUCAAGUGAUAUGAAAAUGAUUUACCUUGACCCUAUCAGCGUGUGCUUUCUGUCUCGUUAUUUUACGAUAGAGCCGUUGUCGGAAGCAGCUAUUGAUUGGCUAAAAAAAUCUGGUUCCACUUUCUAGCAAUCAGAGAUAAAACAAAAGCCAAUCUUGUCUUACGUGCGCGGCUUUUUCCGCCUUUGACGCGGACUCCAUUCUGUCCGUUGGUUUUCAUUGGUUUUUAUUGCCAGUCUCUGCACUGUCUGGUUUGACAAAACUCAACUGUAUGUUGACGUAACUAAUCGAUAAGGUUUCGUCAAUAAUUUUCUUGAGUUAUGCCACAACUGUGUACUCCCUAAUAUGGGGUAAUGUCGACUGGAAUGAAGGCAAUUUAGUCCCAACAAGAAAAAAAACACAUUUCCAGUGAUGUUGUGUCAAAUAAAACAGUGGACUUGUCUAACUAUAGGUGCAUUUUUUUUCAGAUUUUAAGACCUCGUUAAAGGAUAUAGGCUAGAAUACCGAUUUUCUCGACUCCUCGGUUUCUCUGAUCUACUUAUUAAUUGGAAUCAUCUAAACUGACGUCCCUUACCUAAUGGAAGAGGGUCCCCAAUAGCGAUCUUCAAUCCCGUGAUCCCGACCCGAAAUGUCGAGCAAUCCCGUAAUCCCCAUGGUUAUUGUUGGCAUCCCGCCUCGCGUGCAUAAGUUCAAUCCCGAAUCACCUUGAUGAUUUUGCCAUGAAAUCCCAAAUCCCGAGCUUCAAAGAAGGGAAAUCCAGGAUCUCGAAAAACCCACUGGGGACCCUAAUAAAACAUUGUAAUUUUAGCCCCAAGUUUUGAUCGCCCCGUGUAAGGUAUUCCAAGACAGUCUUGGAGUCUGGAUUCCAAGCUGUGGACACAGGAUUCCUUGAGCUGUAUUCCGAAUUCCAAAGUCCAGGAUUCGGGUUCCACAGACUGAAAUUUUCCGAUUCUGGAUGUCAGUUUCCGGAUUCGGAAAUCCAGAUUACCUUAUAUGGGGAAAAUUCGAAGCAAUCCUUUUCCUAUGGAGGAGCGAGAAAUAGAUAUUUCACUGUCGUAUUACACUGAGUCAUUUACAUUUUAGUUGACUAUUUUCUAGCGUCAUUUGACCCAGUCCAUAUGAUGGACGUGUAAGCCUUGCGUAGCAUUUCUUUUUUCCAAGAAAACUGCUUCCUUAGUCGUUUAAUGUACAUUGUAAAGGUGGAAUAAUAUGACCCUACAAAGUGGUCUGCAUGAGCGCAAAUGAAUUGUUCGCAGAGCCCCAACAGGUCUUGGACAAAGGCACUGUUUACAUUUUUAAGUUGCAGGGCUUCAUUAACGUCCUCAGCGAAGAACAAAUUGUACCCCGCGUCUCUAAAGGGAUCGAACCAAGUUUUGUUUCUCUCAUCCGUUGCGAUGUAGAGUGUCUUUGUAAGGUUUAGUGCCUCCCGCUGCUGUAAUUUCCAUAACCAGUAGUCUUGCUUUACUAGAGCACUUGAUGGGUGGUCCGUUCUUCUCACGUGAAUGGCGUUAUAUGGGCGUUCGAGUAUUUCUAACACGUUCGCGACUUUUUUCCUUAUAUUUGGCGCGAAACGAAUAAAUCGCAUAAUCCACUCAUGCGCGUUCAGCACGGUUUCCCUCUCAAAGAAUAGCAAUUCUCUGCUAUAUAAGGAUCCUUCGGCAAAAUAUAUCAGAUCUUCAGUUCGAUAGAACAGUUCGUCCAUAAUACCCCACACAGGUCUUUCGAUAGAGGCGUUGGCUUGAUAUUGUUUUAGUUCCUGAUUACAAAUGCGGCGAUAAAGGGGGAUGGCCCCGUAUGAGGCUGAUGACUUCCUCAUAUGUCGUCGAAGAAUUCUCCACCUCGUAUCAUCAGUCUUCUUUGGUAUAGCAUCAAUCCAAGUUCCAAACAGCCCAUUGUGGCAAAUUCGAGCCCAUUUUAAGUUUUUGUAUAGGUUUUUGAACUCGUUAUGACUAGAAGUGAUUUCUUUUAUGGGAGUCAGUUUCGACAGCAGUUUCAGAUCGAUAACCCUGGAUAAUGGCAGUAGUUGAUCUUUAGUUAGCAUAUUAUAUAUUUCAUAACCAGCUGAUAUUCUUCGAGUUCGUUUGAGUCGAAGAAUUUCCUGAUGUGGCGCCAGAGGGUGGACCAUGAGUGUUCUAUUCAGCAACUUUGCUAAGACAACAGCAUUUUCAAAGGCAACUCGUUGGUUAUUCCAUCCCCCGCCAGGCGGUUGAUAAGACAGGUAUUUAAACGAAUUGUCGUUUUGACAGACCAGCCUCCCGUUAAUGUAAACAGUUUGUUCUUCCGAACAAGGCUGUAUUUCGUCUUUGGAUUUAGUCCAUUUGAAAGAAGAUUUAUAACGAAAUUUCACGACGAUCAUGGUAAGACAAAUCAAGCAAACAGUGAUGAAACCUAGUAGCACCUUUCUCCUCAACAUCAUAAUUCGAAUAGCUUUUAAGAAAAACUUUAGUUUCCAUAUUGAAGCCAAACAUAAGUUUGUAAUCCAUGCGAUGAAAUACCUGUCUGAAUUUUUUUGGAGCCAAUGAGUCCAGUCGCGGUUCACGGGUAAGGGCAAAUAUCGAGGCCGCUUUGCCUUUCGUUCCAUUGCAUUUCAAGUGAACCGUGGUUUGUAGAGAGUUUGAAGCGGAAAAUAGCAAUUCAUCCAUGACCUCAUUGCAUUGACCUCUCGCGCCUUUCCACUUCAGCGGUUCUAGGUCAUCAAUUUCAGUGGCCAGUUGCCGCCCACAUUGUGAUGAACAUAAACUGUUCUCUUUUUUCACGGAUAAACGUUAUCACGUUUUUACACCAGUGUGUGUUUUUUAAAAUCUAUCUGACAUUCAUUUAGCUAAAAGCAUACUUAGCGCUCACAUGCUUGACAGAACCGUGUGUUUUUAUUUUAAGCCUAUUUGCGCAGGUGUCCUAAACAGGUACCUUUCACUUCAACUCACUGGUUCUGGCGGUAGACAAAUCUAAAAAACAACGAGAGUGUUUCUAGACUAGUUAUGUUUAGACACUCAAAUACUGAAAAUCUAGCCUCGACAUUUUCUUUAUUUUCGUUUUAAGCAUGCCUCUCCACCGCCAUCGCUCACUGCUUAACUGAGCGUCAAAGGGACCCGAGCAGCGGUGAUGAUUAAAGCCUAAUUCAUUAAUUACUUGUAGUCGACGCCAGUUGGCAAGAAAUGAAUUAUAAGAUGGAGUUCCUCUUCCUUUCUAUUUGAACAGCUUAGGUCGGUUAAUGACCAUGGUUAUUAGUCUCUCUGAUGUUCAUGUUCCUGCAAAAUUGUACAUAAUCAGAUAAAACGCUCACAGGCAACCUCAUUAUAACCUAAAGAAGCACAAUGUUCAGCGUUCUUAAAAAACCAAGUGCCAAGGUUUUCCUCUAGCCGUUGUGCGCGUCUUCAUUCGUUAAGACUGUACUUGGUUUGCCUUUACGUAAAUCCUUUCAUCCGUAAAUCAGAUUCGGCCAACCUCGUCCCCAGGGCUUAACGCACCCAUUUUCUUAGAAAAAGUCCUGGAACGAGACGGAGAUUCGCGAAGAGCUUCAGGUCCAGAAAAACAGUUGAUGUGAAGAACUUUUGAAGGAUUCAAGUAAUAAUUCUCAGAAUAAAAGCAGAACAAUUUUGCGUGAAAGAAACUGUUCUAGUGAUCUUAAAAUCCGCAUGGGAUGUUAUUUUAGCAAACGGCACAUUUUUGUGGUUUGUUUUUGUGUGUUCUUCACGAGACUAUUGUGUCUUUCGUCAACCAGUUUUUUUUCCUUUCUUUUUUUCUUUUUUUUUCUUAACCAGACGUCUACGUCAAUUUGUUUACCCAGACGAUACGGAAGACAAAAUAUGCAGUUUGAUCUUUUUUGACGUCCCCCGUUGCGGCCAGUUUUGCACAGCGCGAACGUAUGUCAAUUUUCAGGAAAUAGACAAUUAUUUCUCUCCUAUGAUGUAGAUGACUAAAACCUUGCUCGCUCCGCUUUAUGGGCUCCUGCCGUUCGUAAACUGUAACAAAUAAGAUACGGACACUUGUAUUUGCAUGACAGCUGUACAAUGCAACCGAUCGCAAGGAAUGAAUUUUAUAUCAGCCUGAAUGAGUUUCGUUCGAUUAUAGGAAGUUGAGAUUCAACGCGUCCGUUGAUAACUACCCUCCGAAUACCAGAAUCAUUUUCACGUUGCCCAAAAGCUAAUACCAAGCCCAAUCGGGAGGUCAGCGCGAACCACCUACGCGAGAGCUCCGCUCUUAGGCUUAUCAUAUGUUAGGAUCUGACUAUCGGAGAUACAGACACAGCGGGUUAUAUUUAUUACGUCACCAAGGUAAACAGCUCGAAAGGUCUUGAUAUGAUCUCAUAGUCAAAUAACAUGAGAGACCGCGGUGCAAGGAAAUGGUUUUUUGCGCCUCCCUCAAUCUCUGUUUUGCUCUUUUUGUCUUGUUUUUCACCAUUAUAAUCACCCUCGGUUGCUGUUCGUGUUGGUUCGAUUAUUAUUCGAUGACUGUUGUGGAACGAAGCAAGGAAAACGAUAACUGGUAAGCAAUUGCACGAAGAAUGGAUAAUUUUUCAAACUCAAGUAAAAGAGCUGACGUUUUCUUCAACAGAUUAGAACUAACAAUAUUUUCGUAUUUGUCUCGACAGCCAAAUUCAAAUAGAAGACGAUAACGUUAAAGCCAUAUCCAAGUGAUUAAACAGAUUGAAAAACCUGAGGGAGAGUUUUCAGCAGGUAAGGCCCAAUGAUUUUAUGUCAAAAGAAAUAGCGACUAUUUGUUUAAAGAUGAUAUUCAACAGGUAGCUUAGUAACUGAUACCAUGAUGAUAUUCCACUCACACUAGCUUGCGAAUUUUACUUUAUCAGGCAUUUUCUGUCAAUUAUCCCAAAUUUCAUGGUCAUUGUAUAUAGAUGUGCCUCUGUGAGCGCUUGAGUGAAUUAAAAUGACUUUUGAAAUUCCGCACCUGUCAUGGCGUUGAUGGAGAAAAAAUGACACGCUUUGAAACCUGCUACCUCAAGGAACAAAAUCUACAUUGUAUUUAAUAAUACGGUAGCAGAUCUAAUCAAUCGUGUAAUUUGAAGGAUGAUUCAAGUUAAAUGGCACGAUCUAAAAAAACUGUCUUGCAGUGAACUUUAUAACCAAACGGCGCAAAAACAUGUUUUUGGUUUUUCUAACCUUUCUCUGCUCAAAAAUUAGAAAUCGUAGCUGCAAUAAAAAAAGAAAAAAAACAAACGCUAUUACAGCAACCCAGGGCAGUCUCAUCUCUCGUUAGCCCCAAUUCCUCUAGUCAGAGAUCGCGCUUUCAUCACAAUUUUUGGUACCUUGAAAUUUUUUUAUUCAUAUCAAGCAUGGACAUUAUUUUGAAUCAACAGUUGCCUUUGGUUGAGUUAAACAAAACUUAUCAGCAAUUACAGCGUUGUUGGCAAAGAGACCUGGACAACAAGGCCAAAAUGUUUUACACAAUCAAGUAACGAUAAGAUUUCCAAAUGCCAAAUUUUGCUCUUCGCGGUCGGUAAGAUGGCUUGCGUGAUUCAGACGACUGUCAAAGGUGUAACCGCUUACAAGUCUUAGACGACGACCGGCAAUUAUGUGGGUUAGCGAUCUAGUCGAGUCUGAAGUUGGUUGGUAAAAAAAUGGGGUUCUUGGGUUUCUUUUGCCAGUGAAUUAACCUCUCAGGAAAUGCUGUAUAUUACCACCAUAUAAAAAUUUUAUUGCUCAUUGAACGUUUUGCGGUUCUGUGUCUGGUGCAGGCUUGUCUUCCCAUAUAUUUUGCCUUCCGUUAGAAUAAUUAGGCGCGCCCAUUUUUGGAACGGUCAACUUUCAUUAAGCGUUUUUCUGUUGAUUUGGUGUUUAUUUUCGGAAAGUGGGCGACCUGUGCAUCUUCUCCAAUGAGACUGUUCGCUUGACACAAAGUGAGUAAAUGGAAAUUUAUUUUCCGUAAUUGGGUUACCUGUACAUCUGCUCCAUCGAGACUGUUUGCUAGACGCAUUAAAGUGAGUAAAUUGGAAACGUUUGGCGAAAUAAUGACCCUUUUUAUACUCUUUGAAAAAUUAGCAUAAUUGAGGGCGCACCAGAAAGUGUAUGAGCCAGUUCUGUGAACCAGUGUAGGGGCCAUAAUCUGAUAGCCUGUUCUUUGUUUCCUGGUUUUGAAUACUCUGACGACAGACGGACAACUACGCUAUAUCUGUCUUACAGUAUUCAAGACGAGGAGAAGUCUUGCCCUUUAAUUCUAGAAGCUGCCAACGUUAGCAUUAGCGAAAAAGCCUGAAUUUAAUUUUGUUAAAACCUGAGGAAUAAAUUGCACCAAGUGAAAGUACUUCUUCGUAGGUUGCACCAAAAAGUGACAAAACUGAAUUUCAUCCACAGACUCAAAAGUUAUCAACCAUGCACCUUGUACGUAAAGGACAAUACAUAGUACUACAGGAAAGUAUUGCUCAGUUUCGUUGAGUAGGUAACAUCAUGGUAUUCCAAGCACAGACUCAAAAGUUGAGCUUCAUAACAAAUUAACAGUACCAAUUGAAAUGACUGGUCGGUAACUUUCAUGGUCACACCAUAGGAUUUCGCCAGUGGCUGAAAGGUUUGAACCACUUUCCAUCUUGCAAGCCAAAAGGGCUACACAUUGUUUAGCGUUUUUCCUAAGCAAAUAAAAACAUGAUAUUUGCCGUAUUGAAACUAACACUCCUGUUCCGCCCUCUAAUUUACCUGUUCAUAAUGGAGGCCUUAUUAAGUUAACAAUUGCUUUCAAGAAAAUAAUUGUUCCUGCAAAGGUUAUUUAUCGCAUCAUUUCCAAAGGUGGAAACAGUGUGACCACCUAUAAAUACAUUAACGCCACCUGCUGGAACACAACACGCUUCUCCGUUCACCCAAAGUGAACUAGCGAAACCAGUUGGUUGAAGGAAAGCGCACACGAACAAUGAGAUUCGAUUAUCUAAAACGGCUGGCAAGUUAUUCCCGAAAAUGACAAGAAAAGGUUUGUGCAUGCAAUAUAAGCUGUCCUCUCUACUAAUUUUCGUCAUUCUAGUAAAUAUUUUGGUUUGCAAUGCCUGCGUUUUGAUAGAUAAUCGGUCAGUUACCCCUCAUUUAAGUCUAUCUUUUAGGGUAGAUAAAUUAUUAUAUUCACUGACUGAUUGUUGCCUAUAGCAUAACAUGCGAGACACGGCUUCAAAAACGACGGUUCGUUUAACUUCUUUGUAAUUGUCUACUUAAUAUGUAGAUUGAAAUAAUCGAGUGUGAUCAUUCAAACGAAAAUCAAUUACGUAUUUUCAGAUCUUCAAAAGAAAUUUUGAAGUUCCUCCGCACUUGAAGUGAAGUGUAAUCUUAUUAAUGUUAACAAAAAUAGCCAGUGGACUUGUAUAUUUUUUAUUUAAUUUAUAUUUAGGUAUGUUUCACCUCUUCUUAUAAGCCACGUUUAGUGACCGGUGAAACAUUUAAGCGUCAAACUUAUCUGCCCGUAUUUUAGAGGUGUUAGAACGUUUGAUAAUUGAAGUCCUUUGCUCUCUUGAAAUCUUUGGUCCAGUACGCGAACAGGCAAUGAAUUCGGAACGGAAAGAUCUCCUUGCACCAUGGGGAUUGACUAUAAAUACCAAGCUGUGAUCUUUGUAGAAUAUAAUAAAACAAUAAUACUGACAAUUAAAAAAAACAACAACGACCAUAAUUCAUUUGAUAUCUACCAAUACAGUAAUUAACUUUUUACUCUUCGGUUUAACGCAUGAAAAAACUGCUUAGGUAUAAAACUGAGUGGUUGGAUUUGCAUUGGUUACUACAUUGUACACUUGUUUCAAGAACUUGCAUUGGCAAUCUUGCAUUUUUUUCUUGGUUCGUUCGUUCGUUCUCGCUUUCUCUGUCCCAACCCAAGAAACCAUGGAUUCACAUGUAAUGCAGGACACUCAUAGGACACUAUUUACCAGUUGUAGCUUUCGCUAAGUGCCACGAGCAAAGAUUUUACCUUCACGCGCGCUCGUCAAUUUGUUUAGAAAUGUCAUGAAUUUCCGUUAUUUACGACAAUGCAAGCUGCAGGUUAGUCAUGUGUCCGUCAUGCAUUUACCGUCCAUGGAACGCACUCAUGCAUUAUGCUAUGCACAUGUUCGCUCGAAAUCAAUGCAUUGUCUGUUCUGCAUUACGUCAGAAAAGUUAUCCUACACUACUUCAUGUUACAUCGCUUCGAGAUUCAUUCUGGCUUAGAACUUUUGCGCACGGCCUUAUUCAGUGCUGCCACCUCGCAGCUCUGCGUCUUCGCGAGGCUGCUCGUUGGCGAAAAUAUUUUUAAGAUCGGAAAGUAUUUCAUAAGUAGCCAUUGUGAUGCGGUCUCUUUUGUCUCUUGCAGAUUUGUACAAUUCUUGGAGGACAGAUUCUGCGCGUAAGCUUAUUAACCACGAGAAGCAGAAUCACUGGAGAGUCCUACCUGGGCGAUCGGCCCUGCUGUUCCUUCUGUUUGCGUUUUCUAUUUCAAAACCUUUCACGCAUGCCCAUCAUUGGAUUCCCAAAAAGCACGAGAUGAACCACAAUGUCCGAGUGGGACCACCACACAUUGUAAAACGACAACCAUUUUCACAGAAAAUGCGAUUUGAAGUUGUAUACGAUGACAGCAUCGGCGACUUGGACGAGUCGAAAUACGGUUUAAUUACGGGGAAAUUGAUCCCCGAGGCGGUAGAUUACUUCCACCAAGCGUUUAGCGUUAAGCCAACCAAUCUGCCGAUAAAACUGCAAAGAACGUGCAAAAAUAACGCUUAUUUUUUGAAGGAUAUAAAAGGUCAAUCCGCUGGCGAUGUGCAGUUUUGUAAGAUGGAUUGUGUAAACACACAAUGCGGACCUGUCAGCGUACCAUCUGACCAUUUGGAUCAGUGUCGGGUGUGUGAUAAGGAUGGCGUUAAAUGUUUCUCUGUUCCGGGGGAGGAGUGGGAAGCUGGUAUGGGGGUUGAAUCACGUGAUUUCAUACUGUACGUUUCUUGCAUCCAAACAGAUCACUGCAAUACGGCCAAUACUGUGGCUUAUGCAUCGUACUGCCAACAGGAGCAUGCGCUGGACAGACCUGUUGCUGGGUUUGCAAACAUCUGCCCAAAUCGUCUCGAUACCGAUCCAAGACAUUACCCGAACUUGUUAUCCACCGUAAAACACGAAAUCUUUCAUGCUCUAGGAUUUAGUGCUGGACUAUUUGCCUUUUACAGGAACGAGAAUGGCGUUCCCUAUACGCCAAGAGAAAAGCAUGGACUUCCGCCGUACAACGACAAGUAUGGCUUAUAUCAGUGGAGUUCCAAGAUCGUGCAAAAGAUGGAACGAAAACAGUGGGCAACACGACAUGGCGAUAUAUCUCAUCAAGUCCACAUGAUUGUCACACCCCGAGUAAGAAGGGAAGCUAGAAGGCAUUUUAACUGUCCAAACCUCGAAGGUGCAGAGAUCGAGAACCAGGGUGGUUUGGGAACUGAGUACACACACUGGGAAAAGCGGUUGUUUGAAAAUGAAGCUAUGACCGGGACUUACACGCAGAAUCCUGUAUUCUCUAGAAUUACCUUUGCUCUUAUGGAGGACACGGGAUGGUACAAGGCAAACUACAGCUUGGCGGACGAACUAGAUUGGGGAAAAGGGCUCGGGUGUCUCUUUACCAAAAGUAGCUGCAAAACUUGGAUGGAAACACACUUGCGAAAUAGAAAAUCCGCUGUACCGUUCUGCUACACGAUCAAGAAAAGCCCCUUACGCAUGCGCUGCACGCACAGCAAACUAUCUGUGGCUCUUUGUAACCUUCGUAAGUACAACAGAGCAUUACCUGAGGAAUAUCAAUACUUCAAUCAUCUGCCAAUAAGCGAAACGGGCGUAGAUCACGAUGUCCAACAAGAUUUGGUUAUUCGGGAUACUGCAUCGUAUGGGGGUGCAGUGCCGCUGUCGGAUUACUGUCCGUUUUAUCAGAAGUUUACCUUAACAGGUACGGACGGUACAAAGAGAGAAACAACCUGCACAAUGGCGGAAAACGCACCCGCCUUGAUUGACAACUACGCUUUGGAGUCUUAUGGUCCUGAGACCAAGUGCAUGGAGCAAGGGCGCCAAUGGAUGGCGAAAAAAGGCCUUUUGACGCGAACAAUGGUUGACUGGGGUAGUGGCUGCUACAAGUAUCACUGCGAUGGGGCAUUACAGGUGGAAGUAGGAGGAGAGUUGUACACUUGUCAUCGUAAAGGGCAACAGUUGGAGAUUUCCGGAUCAAUAAACGAAUGGAAAAUUAAUGGCUCAUUGAUCUGUCCAUCGUGUGAGGAGUUUUGUGGCGCGCAAAACGGUUGUCCUCAGAAGGUUAAAAGCUCUUCAGCUGGAAUCGUGUUUGUUGAAUACAAGCCAAGAAAUGAUGCGUGUAGAUUUAGAAAGACCUCUGAGGAACUUUUAUAUUUUGUCUUUUCCAGAAUGAUUCUCAGCAUUAGCUUUAUGAUCUGUUUUGUGCCUGGUUUUCAAUCUGUUUUUUAUUGA